CCAAUGUUUAAAUUCUUUUUCUUGGCUUUCUGCUUGUCUACUGGGGCUGAUCGACCUUUUCUAUUGGAGGAUCGACAUAUUUUGGAACAAAAAUACUCUGCAAAAGUGCGGCAACGUGCAUUUGCUCACCUGUGUUGCUUUUGCAUGGCAUAUCAUUGGUAUCCCGAAUACCAGAGAAUCCUGUAUCAUGAUGAUUUUUUUGUAAACCUUGCCGCUGCUGGAUUAUGCAUCCAUAAUAGGUCAAACAUUUUGGCAUGCAUCCACCAUCUUUCUCAUGCUGAUCUGGUCACCGUGAUGUUAACUGAUCCACGGAAGCUAGAUGAUGUAAAAUUGAAGAUGGUUGAUCCAUUGGUUUCUUUGAAGAUAUGCCGAAUAUCGAAUAGAUCAGAAUGAUCCGUUUUUCCCUUCAAGAUCAAUGGGGAUAGUAAAGAGCAAGUACUUGGAUGCGGGGAGAGACAUCACAAGUAAUAAAGUGCAUAACAAGUGAAUAUUCUUUUUUGGGAUAGUUAGGAUAUGGAUUGAUGAAUUGCAGACGAGAAAAAAAAAUGGCGCCAACGAAAAAGAAACGAGAAGCAGUCGUGUGAUGUAGGAUUCAAAUAAAAAAAAAAACC